UCAUUGACUGAGGUAAUGGAAAAGAAGUCGAAGAUCAGUAUAAAAGGCCCAAAGUAGAUGGUUAGAGACACAGUUCCUUCACUGAUCCUCCGUCGAGCAGUUCUCUCGCCUAAUCAUGCAGAAACUCCUGAUGAUCACCUUAUUAGCUGCACUGGUGGCCAUGUGCUACGCAGGACACAUUAAGGGCGGAUUUGGAGGAGGGGGCUUGGGUGGAGGAGGUUUUGGAGGCGGUUCCUUCGGUGGGGGCCAUGGAGGCGGAUUUGGAGGCGGCCUUGGAGGCGGCCUUGGAGGCGGCCUUGGAGGCGGUCUUGGAGGUGGAUCCUUCGGUGGCCGACCAUAUGGAGGAGGUGGAUUUGGGGGUGGUUCCUUUGGAGGCGGCCAUGGAGGCGGUCUUGGAGGCGGCCUUGGAGGCGGAUCCUUUGGAGGACACGGAGGCUCCUUUGGAGGUGGUUCCUUUGGGAGGAAGCGCGGUGGGGCUUCUAUUCGGAGGUGGAUUCCCCAGUGGUGGUCGAUAUGGAAAAUAGAUAUCCAUAAAUGA